AUGAACGGCCACUCCAUCACUCCCUUUAUCGCCUCGCUCCCCAAGGUCGAGCUACACAUCCACAUCGAAGGCACUCUGCAGCCAGCUUUACGCUGGAAGCUCGCCCAACGCAACAAUGUACCCCUCAAGGUCCGAGACAAAGUCUACCGCACCUACGAGGAGCUCCUCGACUCCUACAAAGUGAUCUACAACCACCGCCCCGAACUCGGCGGCCGCAAAGACGUGCCCAGUUUUCUGGAAGCCUACUUUGCCGGCUGUGAAGUGCUGCUAAAAGAAGAUGACUUCUACGAUCUGGCCAUGGAUUAUCUAUCUCGCUGCAGAGCCAUGAACGUGCGGUACGCGGAGCCCUUCUUCGACAUCCAAGCACACACGCGGCGAGGUGUCGCCGCAGACGCUGUGUUAAACGGGUACCUGCGUGCGCAGAAAGACGGCGCAGAGAAAUACGGCGUGCGCUCGAACUGGAUCUUCUGUUUUCUGCGCGAUGAGCCCGUCGACGAAGGCGAGGCUGCCUACGACGCCGCGCUCCCCUGGGCCGCUGUGAAAGGAGGGAAGGGCCUGUUCCAUGCGGUUGGGCUUGCGAGCAAUGCUUACGAGAGACCAAUCUUGCUCUUUAAGAAUGCCUUUGAGCGCGCGCGACGGGAUGGGUUGCAUACGACGACGCACUGUGAUUUCGGGCAGAAGGAUACACAUGAGCAUAUCCGGCAAGCGAUUUUCGAGGUCGGGGUUGAGCGCAUUGAUCAUGGACUUGAUGUGCUGGAUCGGGAGGAGCUGGUGGCUGGUUUAAAGAAGAGAAAUGUUGGACUGACGCUGUGUCCGCAUGCGUACCAUCGCCGGACGGCGACGGAGGUGCUUUUCCCGAAGUUGCGGCAGCUGCUGGAUCGGGGUGUUCAGUAUUGUAUUAACAGUGAUGACCCUGUGUAUAUGCAUGAUGUGUGGGUUGAUGGGAAUAUGGAAAAGGCGUACUAUUAUGGCGGAUUAUCCAAGGCCGAGAUGGUACAGUUGUCGCGGAAUGCUGUGGAUAUGUGUUGGGCGGAUGAUGAGGUGAAGAAGGGGAUAUACGCCGAGUUGGAUGCUGUUGAUGUAGAUUGA